AUGGCGGGACGUAGUACUAGUGAAUUAUGGCAUCACUUUCAAAACGAAGAUUCAAGUGGGAAAGCUACUUGCAACUUAUGUAAGGAAAAACUUGCUUAUAAAUCUACGACUGCGAAUCUAAAAAGCCACCUAAAAAGAAAGCAUGUGUCCAUAUUUACAUCGUUGUUAUCGCAAUCAAAUGCCCAGACUCAGCAACAGCCACGUCCUUUCCCUGUAUCACAUGUGGAUAAUGUAGAUAUUAAGGAUCCUAGCUUACCGGGCUCGAGCGCGUCUAUCCAGAAAAGGCAAAAAAAAUUGGACUCAUUUUUACAUAAAAAAAUAAAUAGCGAACAAAAAAAGCAGAUUAACUUAGACUUGCUAGAUUUGUGCACAGAUAGUUUCCAUCCAUUUUCGAUAGUGGAAGAGAGAGCGUUUAAAAAAUUCUGCCGUUGGAUACCUGGAUACCAGCUACCCACUAGGAAGACGCUGUCGAAGUCAAUUAUGCAAGAAGCAUACGUUAAACUAUAUGACGCAACACAGACUCAACUUAGGCAGAAGGUUCAGAGCAUAUGCCUAACUGCAGAUGUGUAA